AUGGUCGGCCUUUUAUACUUUGCUGUUUUUAGUAGUUUUGUACUUCUUCAACUUUUUCCUCAAAUUGGAUUCCUUUAUCAUAAUUCAACGUGGGUUGAAGAUUCAAUGCGCUCGCAACAAAAGGAAUUCUACCAAAAAGCAAAAGUUAACCAGUAUUACGCAUAUGAUCAUGGCCUAAUUCAAAAUCUAAAAGAAAGAUUAGGUCAAAAUCCAAUUCAAUGGUUUUUGCCAACGCCAAAUACAGAUAAUCCUUACAAAGCACGAUACAAUCCGUCGUAUGUUCCGAUCCACAAACUUCGUGUUUCUUUAGUUGAUAGUUUCGACGAAAAUUCUCCGUUAUUAAAGAAAUAUGCAAGAAAACGUGAAAAUGCCCGAGAUAUGGUUUAA